UUUGAAGCAGAAUAUUUACAUUUUUGACAUUUAUACAGCAUUGUUCAAUAUUUUUUAUUUCACCAAAAAUAAACAGUUAUGAAGAAUUUAGAACUUUGGGAAGUAAAUGCGAGAGAUAUUAACUUAAACUCAAAAGAAAAGUUCCAUUUGUGUUACAAUUACGAUGGCGAAAAUAAAGUUAAAUUUUUUGCCGUCACACAUAACCUACAAGUAUCAAAUAUUGAUGAAUUCGGAGCUAUUAAUUGGACCAAAGAUAUAUCUGAAAUCACAGACUCUGAGAAUAUACCUGUGAAUAUAACUUAUAUCUCAUUAUCAAAUCAGGUGUGCAUUGCUUUAGCAAAUGGAGAGCUAAUCACAGUUGACGAAUCUGGAUGUAAUUGUGAACUAGUGGGAGUUUUUGAUAAUGGAUUGAUGGCAAUGGAGUGGAGUCCAGACCAAGACAUACUAGUUUUAGUCACUAAAGAUUUGAAAAUGAUAACAAUGUCAUGUACAUUUGAUCCAAUAUCUGAGCUGGAAUUGUUGAGUGAUGAUUUUGGUAAGAAGGAAUUUAUAACUGUGGGCUGGGGGAAAAAAGAAACACAAUUUCAUGGAUCAGUUGGAAAGCAAGCCGCUAAACAGAAAUUGGAAUUUCCUGAUGAAAGUAUAGAUUCAUCUGCUAAAAUUACAUGGCGGGGUGAUGGAAAUUUAUUUGCAGUUGGUUUUGCAAUGAAUGGUCUCAGGAGAUUUAAAGUAUAUGAUAGAGAAGGAAACUUACAGUACACAAGUGAAAGACAACCAGGCCUUGAAUCUAAUUUGACUUGGCGUCCAUCAGGGAAUCUGAUAGCUACAACACAAAAGCUCAAUGAUAAAUAUAUUGUAGCAUUCUUUGAAAAGAAUGGUUUAAAACACGGAGAAUUCAACAUUCCAGUUAAUUCAAAGACUGUUGUGGAAGAUCUCUAUUGGAGUCCUGACUCAGAAAUAUUAACUUUGAGUUGCAAAGACUUAGAAGACAAUACACAAAAGCUACUUCUCUUUACAGCAAGCAAUUACCAUUGGUAUCAGAAACAGAGUUUAAUAUUUACUGGCACUGAAAGAAUUGAUCAAAUCUUUUGGGACAAUGACUUUAAUGUUGCAAGUAAUAAAAAAUUACAUAUAAUUUUACAGAAUGGUAAACAUUAUAUUUAUUCUUGGAUUUGGACAAUCAGUCAUAGUCGAGGAAAGAAUAGUGAAGAUGAUGCCAUGGUUGCUGUUAUUGAUGGGCAUAAAUUAUUACUGACAGGUUUCAGACAGACUGUAGUUCCGCCACCUAUGGCCAGUCUCGUAUUAGAAUUGGAUUCUGAUAUAAAUUCAGUACAUUUUGCACCACCUCAUAAACAAAAUACUGAAAAUCCUAAUGCAAAUGCUUUCUUUGUAACGACAGAAGAAAAAUUAAUAUUUUUCGAACAAACACAAAAGUUCCCUUUACAAUAUAAAACUGUGAAGACUAUCACUAAAGAUGUGUGCAAUUUUCCAUUCCAAGUUUACAAUUGGUUCUGGGUAAAUUACAAUACAAUAAUUGCUAUACAAGUUGACAAAUUAAAUUGUUACAAUUUGAUUGAAUAUGAUAUAAGCAAUGAAGUGCUAUCACAAAGACAUAUUGUAUCUUUACCUUCUCCAGCUGUGCGUCUCCAUGAUGAUCCAAUUGAUUCUUCAACUGUGUUUCUCCAACUAAAUUCUGGUGACAUAAUGAAAUACACCUCCGGAAAUGUUAACAUCCAGGAUAUUUCUUUCAAAACAUCCUGUAGUCAAUUUGAUAUUAUAUUAAUACAAAAUAAGCUACACUUUCUCGGUCUAUCACAGAAAGGAAUCUUUUACAUUGACAAUGUAAGUGUACUAAACAAUAUUAGUUCAUAUUUUGUACAUACAAGUUUCCUUCUUAUAACAACAUUGCAACACUAUCUUCUUUGCACUGAGCUAUCGGAAACUGGUAUUGAAGCUAUUACAGAAUAUCAGAAAAAUGAUUCAUCGCAAGUUUAUAAGCGAAAAAUUGAAAGGGGUGCCAAAUUAGUGAUAUCAGUACCAAAUGCGACAAACACAAUAUUUCAAAUGCCUAGAGGUAAUCUAGAAACAAUUCAACCCCGUCCAUUGUCUUUGAAGAUAAUUGGAGAACAACUUGAUACACUUGAUUAUGAAAAAGCAUUUAAUUUAAUGAGAAAGCAAAGAAUCAAUUUAAAUUUAAUACAUGACCAUAAUCCUACAUUGUUCCUUAACAAUAUUGAUAAAUUCUUGGAUUCAAUUAAAAACACAUCCUGGCUCUGUCUCUUCCUAUCAGAUUUAGAAAACUCUGAUGUCACUAAAACUAUGUAUAAAAGCAGUUAUAAAAAUAACAUUAACAAUGAAAGUGAUAUGAAAAUCAAAAAGAUAUGUAAUAUUAUACAAGCACAAAUAAACAAAAGAAAUGAUAGGAGUGACAAAAUUCUACCAUUACUAACUACGUAUAUCAAGAAAAAUACAAUUGAAGACUUAGAACAAGCAUUAUUGGUAAUAAAAGAAAUAAAACUACAAGAAUUGAGUAACCAUAAGCUAACAGUAGGGUCUGAUGAGGCAAUAAGAUUUCUUUUAUACAUGGUUAAUGUUGAUGAACUUUUUAAUGUUGCCCUCGGAAUGUAUGAUUUUGAUUUAGUAUUGCUAGUUGCAAAUAAAUCACAGAAAGACCCGAAGGAAUAUAUUCCAAUGUUAAAUGAAUUGAAUGCUAUGGAUGAAAAUUAUAAGAAAUUUUCAAUAAAUAAGUAUCUGAAGAGAUUUGUUAAGGCGGUAAAGUACCUUGUUGAAUGUGGCACUGAUAAAUAUGAGGAGUUGAAAGCUUUUGUUAAAUAUCACAGCCUUUAUAAAGAAGCAUUGGCACUGUUUAAUGAAAAUGAAGAUAUUUACAAAGAAAUAGCUGAUGAUUUUGGUCUUUAUUUGAAGUUAAAGAAAGACUUUGUUGAAGCUGGUGUUGUUUAUGAAAGAUCUAAGAGUUAUAUAAAAGCUGUAGAUUGUUAUAAAGAAGCCCUAGAAUGGGAAUUAGCUUUAAGUGUAGCGCAAUAUCUUACUGAUGAACAGCGGGAAGAAAUAAGCAGGUAUCUUGUGAACGCUUUGAAAGACGAAAAACGUCAUAAAGAAGCGUUAACUAUAUUAGAACAACAUUUACAAAAUGGUGAAUCUGCAAUAAUUUAUGCCAUAGAGAAUGGUCAGUAUAAAACAGCAAUAAGGCUUUGUUCCAAAUACAACAGACUGGACUUAAAAGAUUAUCGUCUUUUACCUGCAAUACUAGAAGAAUAUCAGAAUCUCAAAGGUUUAAUUGAAAAUAAUUUGAAAGAUUUUAUAAAGCAUAGAACACGAUUGGCAGAAGUAAGAGAUAAUAAAUUAAAUAAAGCUGAUUGCUUGUAUGAUGCAUUUAAUACAAAUAAAGACGAUGAUUUGUAUUCAGAUGUGGGUAGUACUAUAGCAUCAUCAGGGUCAGGGAGAUCUUUCCGAUCAAGUAAGAAUAGAAGAAAACACCAGAGAAAAGUGGCUUCAUUGAAAGAGGGUUCUCAAUAUGAAGAUGUUGCAAUUAUUAUGACUUUGCACAACCUUGUCACAUCUUCAUUCAACUUGAGGUUGCAAGUCAGAGAUGUUAAUAUAACUUUAAAUGUUUUUAACAAGGACAAGAUGGCUGUAGAACUACAGAGAAAUCUGGACAAUCUACUAAAUGAAAUGAAGAAUCACUUUAAAGAAAUAUGGACUAAUGAUCUUGUUCUGCAAGCUACCAAAGCUGCAAUAGAUGCAGAGAAUAUACCCGAAGGAUCUAAUAUUAUAGCUGAUAGCUUAUCCUUCCUCGAGCCUCAUGUAAGGAUAGCUCCAGUUAUUCAAGAUAUAAAUUGGAAAUUAGAAGGUUUAAGUUAAACUAAGAUGUUAAUAUUUUUAAGAAGGUAUGUAUAAGAAAAACAACUUUGUAAAAUAAAUAAAUUAUAUUAU